GUUUUAAGAGCGAGUUUAUAUCACUUACUGUAGCUCAGGAAAUUAAUAACUGCCAGUUGGUUCAAGAAUGUGAAAAGACACGAGGAAUCGAAAUAAUUAAAUCGGGAGCAGAAUAUCUGCACUAGAAGGAAGCAUCUUUAAUUCAUUCAUAUGAAAGCACUGUAAAAAAUAUAAUAUAAAGAAAUGUGGUCAUAUAAAAAAAUAAGUUGGGAUUUAAGUGUUUCAACAUGAGUGGCUCUAAAACAAAGGAAGUUCGGAAGUCUCUGCAAGAAAAGGCCGUUGAGUGCCAGGAGAAUGGAUAUCUUCUCACAGCCAAGAAAAUCGGCACUGGAGCUUUUUCCAAAGUCUACCUUGGAUAUGCAACACCAGAUAAGAUCUGCCAGAACUACAGGCUGGCCAAGGACCUCAGGAGCAAAAACCACAGUAUGGUUGCAAUCAAAAUAAUAUCUAUACAUGAAGCUCCCCCUGAAUAUUCAAGAAAGUUUCUGCCAAGAGAAAUCUAUGCUUUAAAUGCAACCUACAAACAUCCCAGUGUGAUCCAGCUGUACGAUAUGUUCCGCUCUCCGAAGCGGGUGUAUCUGGUCCUGGAGCUGGCCUCGCAAGGGGACUUACUGGAACACGUCAAUGCUGUGUCCCGGGCCAAGGGCAGCCCUGGCCUGAGCGAGGAGGAGGCCCGCGGUCUUUUUAAGCAGAUCGUUAGUGCCGUGACGCACUGCCAUAGGAAUCAUAUUGUACACAGAGACUUAAAAUGUGAAAACAUACUAUUGGAUGCACAGGGAUAUGUAAAAUUAACAGAUUUUGGCUUUGCAAACAAUUACACGGAUAAGAGUGUGCUGAUGAACACCUUCUGUGGCUCCGUGGCUUACACGGCACCUGAAAUUCUGUUGGCUCAGACGUACAACGGCGAGCAGGCAGACCUGUGGAGUUUAGGAGUGAUUCUGUAUGCCAUGGUAACUGGGAAGCUUCCCUAUCAUGAAAGACACCCCCGCAAGCUGGUCCAACUCAUGAGGAAAGAUCUGCCAUUCAAUCAACCAGUCUCACCCGGCUGCCAGGAUUUGAUCAGGAAGCUCUUGCAGUGGAAGCCCUCUGCUCGACUGGGUUUGAGCCAGAUAUGCAUCCACCACUGGAUGGCGCCAGCGAGGUCCAGCGUUUUUCACACACUGAGGACAUCCAGGAGCGACAUCACUGACAAGAACAGAGUCCAAGAGAAGAAAGGUGUUGUCACGUCAACUGCUAGGAGUUCCCCCUACCAGCAGUCCGCCCCAGUCAUCCCUGAUAGGCACCUGAAACAGGGAGGCCACAGGUACACAGCAUGCAGUGAGCAGGGAGGAAAGAGGCCCCAGGAGCAAGACAAGAAGAAGGAAGUAUGGGACACCCCUCGGAAAGCAGGAGUCCCUCAAAGCCAUCUCUCCCUCCGAUCUGCACACCAGUCUCCGAAUCCCAACAGGCUCUUCAUCAGUAGACCAAGGCUGCCCUCUAGCCCCAAACCCUUUUGCAACCUGCCCAACUUCCACAAACCUGGCUCUGCAGGCCCCCAUACUCAAAGACAACAGCACAGCCUCUCCCACGGGUCACCUGAGCCUCCAGUUAGCCUCAGACAGUCUCGAAAAAUCGCCGUGCACUUCUAGACAGUGAAACGCAGUCGCCCAAUUGUGUUCGGCUGUCAACAUUUUUUCUUAAUAACUUAAAUUGAGAGCCCAAAAGCCGUGGCGAUUCACGAUUCUAGGAUAAUCUUUAACUAAAUGCCUAAUGGACUGACUAAUUACCGGUUACACUUGUGGUUUAAUGAUGCGCAGAUACAUGACAUGAUUUACAAUAGGUGACUCAAAUAGGAAAUCUGCUGUGAAACAAAAAAUAAAUAAAUAAUAAAUCAUACUAAGCUGGAAUUCGUAUUGUAUUAGACCACUGUAUAAUCAUUGUAUAUUCCUAUGAUCCUAUGUGCCUGUACAAUGCCCAUUAAAAAUAACCUAAUUGCUCUUUACUAUUUGAAAGGAAUAAAGUAGAAUGAAUCUGA